CAUAUAGAGUCAAACAUUGAGGCUGAAAGUAUUGAAUUGACUUUUAAUACUCGGCAAAAGAGCCGUUUUCGUGCAACUUUAAAUAAUGGGCGCGAUAUUGGUGCGGAUUUACCACGUACAGGCAUUUUGCGUAGUGGUUCUUAUAUUGCAACUGAACAAGGUGAAGUGUUACGUGUAGAUGCCAAAGCUGAAAAAUUAAUGCAAGUUUCGGCGCUGCAUAGUUUUGACUUACUUAAAGCUGCAUAUCAUCUGGGAAAUCGCCAUGUUCCGUUAAUGCUUACCCCAACAGCACUUUAUUUUGAGCCUGAUCAUGUCCUUGCAGAAAUGAUCCAAGGUUUAGGGCUGACAAUGAAGUUGAACAUCCAUUUGAACCUGAAAGUGGGGCAUAUGCACAACAUCAGCAUGAUCAUCGUU